GCGUAUUACAAAAAGUAAACAAAGGACUAUCCAACAAUAAAACCUUGACGUUGGAUUCUCGCAGUUAUUUUCAGCAUUCACAAACACUCAUUAUUUAAAGCAACUUUUUCUAAAUAUUCUCAAAGGGUUUCUUCUGAAACCUGUCCAUCCAACGGUUCUUAACUAGGCGAAAGUUGAUUUAGAUUGAAUGGAAAGCAUUGUUACGUUGGGUCCAAUCUUUUGAUAUUCCUCUACCUUGAAUAUUCUUAGUGCUUUUCUUUCUAUAGUAAUCAUUAAACUUUUCCACUUACCUGUAGUGAUCGGACGUGAACUGAUGUCUUCGCCUAGAUACGGCAGUAGGCGACUGCUGUGUGACUAGAAUACUAUUAUUCGUUUGUAUAGAGCGCCAUUGUGUUUUACUCUUUGUUUGGAUCCUCGUGCUUUUCAAAUAAGGAUUUCUUCAGAAAGAUUCACCUUUACAUUCCCCAUUGUACUUCCGUCGAAAGUCCUCAGAGGAUACCAAUAACCUCUACAGAUCUUUAGUUGCAUUCGAGUCUAGCUUAGGCACUGAAACAUACCAUUGCUAGUUUCAGUGAAAUUCUUGUUAUACAAUUUGGAGAAUUUUUAUUUUAUUUAAAAAAAAAAAAAAUUUAAUUAUAGACUUUUUGUUAAUGGCAUUUUCUACCAAAGAUCCUUACGUGCAGCUGCUCGUCAACACGAAAUUUGAACAAGUGUUUCGGUCUUUACCUAAAUCCAAGUUUAUACUGGAUGCCUCUGAGACUAUAAAACAAAAUGCGAUCCAAAACUACGAGCCAGGUCACAAGCUAAUUCCUCCUAAAAUCAAUCAUCAAUAUCGGGGAUCAAAACCGAAAUCUGAGAAAAAAGAAAAAAGGGAACGAAUUGAGAAGGGUGCAAAGAAACGAAAGCGGCUAUCAAUAUUGACUGCGAAUAACGUUGUCCCCAUAAGUCCUUCUAUGGACAAGGCAUCUCGUGGACAAGAGGAAAAUAACUUCAGCUUUGAUGAUUCAUUUAACAAAGAGGAAUUUACAACUCCUAUAAGAAACCCGUCUGAUAAUUCUCAACAGCAGUUUAUGAGUUCUAGCUCCAAUCUAGGUACUAAAGGCACUGAUGUUCAAAACCAUGUUUCACCCUCAGAUGAUAUUAAUAUAUUUGAUGAUUCUGAUGAACGAAAAAAUACAAAAGAAUCGAGGAAUUCCUCAGCUUUUUCUUCUUCCAAAAACUAUAAAGCAAAUCCACCGAAUCCACAGUUCCUUGGAAAUACUGACGAUGAGCUGCCCCUAAAGGAAAAAUCUACAAGAAAUGAAUCAGAUACUAAAAAUUCUAAAACAGAAUUAAGGAAGCUACAAACUUUUGGAAAAUUGUUUAUGAAAGAAGGCAAAAGAAGGGAAUCGCCUACGCUUUGAUCCCAAAGGUUCUCUGACAAUUCAGUCUUUCCGAUUUCUGUCACUAUUAUAAAAGAUAAAAUAAAACGGAACGAAGGCGAAGGAAUUUAACUUCAUUUAAGAACUUAUAUGUCAAUGAAUGGGUUGUAUGUAUAGCUUCACAUUUCGUAUACUUUGAUGAAGGGCUUUCUCUCUCUUUAGGAUAGGAAACGACUAAAGAAAAGGAUUUUGCUCAAUAAUGAACUUUUUCUUAAAUUAAAACCUAUAGAAACCUUUAGAGAAUGUAAUAUAAUUCUAUUUUAUAAGAAACU